CUGGGCUGCAGUUUUGGGUGUCGGUCUCAAAGUUUUCAUUCAACACCAAAUCCGUCAGGGAGCUGAAAUUCGCAUCAGGACAAACAGGUUAUAGUGCCCCUGCCCCCGGGUGUCCGGGAAAGCACAGGACUGUUGCUCCUGGUGUGUAUGGCUUGCUUCCCAGAGAGGAAAAGUCAUUCUUCUGGGAACGACCGCUGUAUGCUUGUUCAGCUGGGUGUCUAAACUUUCCCUUUCCUUUAUUUGUGCUCAGCACAAGUAAAUUGGCAUCAGCGUCAAUACCAGGGGACAAUACACUUGUUCCGCAAAUCACAGAGAUCAUUUGUUGGAAAGUUAACGCAUGAAUUUAGGCUGGUUGCAGCAGAUAGGAGGUCCUGGAAGAUCUUGCUGUUCGGUGCUAUAAAUUUAAUAUGUAUUGGCUUCCUGCUAAUGUGGUGCAGCUCUACAAACAGCAUAGCUUUAACUGCUUACACAUAUUUGACAAUCUUUGACCUUUUCAGUUUGAUAACAUGUCUAAUAAGCUACUGGGUAAUGAUGAAGAAACCCAGCCCAGUCUAUUCAUUUGGGUUUGAAAGGUUUGAAGUUCUAGCUGUAUUUGCAUCUACAGUUCUGGCACAGCUUGGUGCUCUUUUUAUACUGAAAGAAAGUGCAGAGCGGUUUCUGGAACAACCAGAGAUACACACGGGGCGACUGCUGGUUGGUACUUUCGUGGCUCUCUUUUUCAACUUAUUUACAAUGCUUUCCAUUAGGAAUAAGCCUUUUGCUUAUGUCUCUGAAGCGGCCAGCACAAGUUGGCUUCAGGAACAUGUUGCAGAUCUUAGUAGAAGUAUUUGUGGAAUCAUCCCAGGAUUGAGUAGCAUCUUUCUGCCACGAAUGAACCCUUUUGUCUUGAUUGAUAUUGCUGGAGCUCUAGCUCUUUGCAUUACUUAUAUGCUCAUUGAAAUCAACAAUUAUUUUGCUGUAGACACAGCCUCUGCUAUAGCAAUUGCUUUGAUGACAUUUGGUACCAUGUAUCCCAUGAGUGUCUACAGUGGGAAAGUACUACUCCAGACAACCCCACCUCAUGUGAUUGGCCAGUUAGAUAAACUUCUUAGAGAGGUUUCAACGUUGGAUGGUGUCUUGGAAGUUAGAAAUGAGCAUUUCUGGACAUUAGGGUUUGGCACUUUGGCUGGAUCAGUGCAUGUCCGAAUUCGGAGAGAUGCAAAUGAACAAAUGGUACUUGCCCAUGUCACUAACAGAUUAUACACAUUGGUCUCUACCUUGACUGUUCAGAUUUUCAAAGAUGACUGGAUCAGACCUACCUUAUCAGCUGUGCCUAUCACAAACAACAUUCUGAACCUUUCGGAUCAUCAUAUUAUUCCAAUGCCAUCUUUGAAAGCUGUUGAUCAUUUGAACCCUGCUACAUCCACUCCAGCUAAGCCCAGCAGCCCACCGCCAGAAUUUUCUUUCAAUACACCAGGCAAAAAUGUGAGUCCAGUCAUCCUUUUAAACACUCAGACAAGGCCCUAUGGAUUGGGCUUUAAUCAUGGAUCUGCACCUUACGGCAGUGUACUCAAUCAAGGAUUUGGAAUACCGGGAACAGGAGCAACUCAAGGAUUCAGAACUGGUUUUACAAAUGUCCCAAGCAGAUAUGGAACAAACACUCGUGGUCAACCCCGACCAUAAUAAACACCGUUAUUUAUUGUA